UUCGCGUGAGCACACAACAAUCUUCGCGCACCUUUUAUAAAUAGGAUGCCUUCGCCGCUUCUGGCAUCGAAAGAAAACUUUUCAGUGUUUUCAGUUUUUUCAUGGGCUGUUCGCACACUCGCAUCGCUGACAAAAAUAGUGUGUAUGUGCGAGCGAUUUUUUUGUCGCGGACCGGUAGAGAUCGGGCCUUGAUGACAACGCUUCGUUUGAGUUUGAGAAGCCGUUAGAACUUUUUGAAGGUGCUGACAAUCAACCACCAUCAUGAAUUUGAUGUUCAGGAAAACCUUCGGCGAGCAGAAGACCGGGACGACGACCAGCAAGUGCACCAAGUCCAGCGCAGGUCGACAUACGAGCAAGAGAAGCAGAGAACAAGGAUACACGGCGAUGGAGGAGCAUCAUUAUCGCACACAUUUGUUUUUUAGUCCACCCCGUAGUAGUUUCGGUCCCGGUGACGACGAUGGUUACCAUGACCCAACAGGUAAUGCCCAAAGAAUGCAAAGAGCUAUAUUGCAUACAGAGCCGCGGUGCGGUCCUAUGACGGGGGCGGGGGGCGAGCCGCUGCCGAUGCAGUCGACGAUCUCUCCUGCAAUGACGGAGUCCGACCUGCCUCAGCCUCUGGUGGUAAGGAGCCCUUCGGUAUCCCUGAUGAAGUGGCCCAGUCAAUCUCCGACCAAAACGACACCCACGCGACAGGUCAACUUCAAUUAUGGAAACGAGGGGAGCCAUGCAGAUACUCAACGAACGCUCUCUGGCUUGGAUAGGGACUGUUUUAUUAUCCCUGUUCACAGUCUGGAUAGGUUCCUUCCUGCGGGAGUCCCAAUGCCAAAACCAGUAAAUAACAACUCCUUGGAGAAAAAGGGAAAUCUUCAUGUGAUGGAGGUACCAGAUCCGAAAUUAUGUGUCUUAUGCCAUUUAAUGAGUCCCUUGGAACCAGUAGAUCCCGUUUUAGAAUCACCUUUAGUCCAGCCCUUAUUGAAGCAGAGGGUUAUAGCGGGCGAACUAGUAAACGAUAUAGCACAAGCCAAAACGGCGAUAACGGGAAUGUUACUGGCUAAUAUGGAGAGGAAUGGUGAAUUCCCGUUUAUAACAUAUUAUGUGAUAAAUACGUCGCAAACGAAUCCUGUGAUGUUCUACAAUAAUUUACGCACUGCCAGUUUAAGCAAGUUCGAUCCAAGGACAACUAGAUAUACUGCAGCGCAUACCUUGGACCUAUAUACAGAAGUAGCUUCAAUAUGUCGGCCCCCAGUACACGAAAUCGGUAUGUCGUUACUAAAAACACAAAGUUCAUCCACUGGCUAUAUGGUAUCUGUCUAUAAGGUCUUCGAAGGAGAUGAUAGAGAGAAGUUCGAACGAAAUUGGCUGUACUGGACAGGUGCAAGAAUGAUCUACCGAUAUCUACCACAAGCAGCAGGCUUGAGGCGUAUUUCCCUUCACAAAUCGUUGAGUCCAAAAGGAGACAAGAUGUACAUAUUACUAUGCGAAUGUGCGAACUUACUAAGCGAUGUGACUGUUUGUGCUUUAAUUUUGCCUGCCCUAAGGGCGAGGUUGACUGGGUAUACGGGAAUUUUUAGACCAUUACAGACUUUUUAAAAAGUGGGUCCAACUAAGAUAACCUUUUACAUAUCUUAUACAUGCAUAUUUAAUAAUCGUUACAGGUUGUACCUAUGGUUUCCAAAUCUAAAAGUCAAAAUGUACUACAAAUUAUAAAAUGUAUUGGCAAAUUAAUCCUCUUUCCUAAUAAAUCAACAAAACAGAAAAUCGACAAACUUUGAACAUCAAUAAAAAAUAUUGUCGACGUAACAAAACUAAGUAUAUUUUUGAUUGCUUUUAUUGGAAAAGUUUUUUUGGUGGUCUGAUGAUAUAUUAGAUAGCAUUGUACAAAUUUAUGUUGAAGUGUUUUCAAUAAAGUAGAAAUGAAGGUUAUUAUUAGAAGCUCAAAAUAUACCUACAAUGCUAUCAUUAGAUCAUUACAGAUUUUAUGGAGUAAUAACAUGAUUAAUAUUUACAAUAAAUAUUUGCUGAAGAAAACCAAUUAUACGGUGAAAAUUUUAUCAAAAAUUUGAGGCGGGUGGGUUUUUGUCGAAAAAUGUCGAUUUCAUACCCUCCAGUUAGACCAGAUAGACAAUUCGAAAACGGCGGGUUCGUUGGAAAAAAUAUUACCAUGAGAUUUUUUUGCAUAAGUAAUCACAUUUGUAAUACACCCCAGAAUAAGGUUCAAGAAGUCGCCCACGCGAAAAGUGGUCCAAAUUUUUUUUAACACUUUUUUUAAUCAAAUUGCAAAAAUUUCUAUUUUUGGUCCUGACAAUUUUUUUUAGGUUUUUUAAACCAUUCUGGACAAAAAAGUUUGUUGUAAUUUUUGUCUAAAGUUGAUGGUUUUCGAGUUAUAAGCAAUUUAAAAUUUGAAAAACGCGAAAAUGGCCAUUUUUAAGACUUAAUAACUAGGUUUUUUUGUUAUUUUUUACAAACGCCAUCUGUUUAUUUCAAACUAUAAACACUAAGCAUUUUUGUUGAACAGAAUUUGAUGAUCCUCUACAUGAUCCUGAAGAAAUUUGUAUCAUUAAUUUAUUACUAAGCUGUUAGUUUUAAUUAUUAUUAACAAUAAGCCGUAAGAUCGUAUUGACGCGGCUGUAAAAUGUGAGUACGAGAGUAAGAUCCCCAUUGCACUGCCGAAAUGACAUCUCUCUCGCACUCACCAUAGACGGCCGCCUAAUACGUGCAGGUGUUCAUUAUUAUUACUUAAAAAUAACAGUUUAGUAAUAAAAUAAUGACAAAAAUUUCUUCAGGAUCUUGUAGAGGGGGCUUUAAACUUUGAUUUAGUCACUUUCUGACUUUCAUAAUAAUAACUUUUACCAAUUUAUUGAGCCUUGAAUAUCGCCAUUUUUCGUUUUUUUAAUUUUAAAUUGUUUAGAACUCGAAAACGAUCAACUUUAGGGAAAAAUUACAAGAGCCCUUUUUUGUUCAGAAUGGUCCAAAAAACCUAACAAAUAUUUGUACGGGCCAAACAUAUUGAUUUUUGCAAUUUGAUUAAAAAAAUUGUUAAAAAAAAAUUUGGACCACUUUUCACGUGGGCGACUUCUUGAACCUUAUCUGGGAUGUUUCACGAAUGUGAUUGUGCAAAAAAAUCUCAUGGGAAUAUUGUUUCUAACGAACCCGCCGUUUUUGCUUUGUCUAAGGGCGGAUCUGUUUUGAGGUGGAUGUGACAAAUGGCAGUCUGAUUUUUGCAGAAAAAGAUAUGUGAUAACUUCAGCAAUGAUAAUUUUAAUUAUCCUCCCUCUUAGGCCUGGAUCCCGCAUACCAAAACAAAGUUUAUUAAUAGCAAGCUGAAAAUUUGUUAAUAGCUUCACGGUGUUUAGUCGGACAAACUUUGAUGGACGGGAACACUGGAACAGGACAAGUUUUAAUUAAUUAAUUAAUUAAUUAAUUAAUUGAGGAACGUGUCAUCCUGACAAGUUUAUGAUCGUGAAAACUAGCAGAUUGUUGUUAAGUUUAUUCAAUAGCAAAUUUUAUAUUAUAAUAUAUGAAAAAAUGUUCAUGUGACAGAUAUAUUGGGCAUUUUAAUAAGUCCGACACGUAGAACAUGUCAAAUAACAGCAAUUUUUUGGUGGUAAAUAGCAGUCUGAUUUUUGCAAGAGAGUUUAAUAAAAGGGUAACAAACCAAUUAGAAGUUCUGUCCGACAAAAUACAUGGGACCUUUUCGUAGUCUGACGUUCAAAACCUGUAACCUGUUCCACAAUUAAAACUUCCCCUUUUCCAGUGUUCCCGUACAUCAAAGUUUGUCCGACUAGACACCGUUAAGCUAUUAACAAAUUUUCAGCUUGGUAUUAAUAAACUUUUUUGGUACACGGGAUCCAUGCCUAUUAGGUCUGGAUCCCGCGUAUGCAAAAAAAGUUGAUUAUUAGCAAGCUGAAAAUUUGUUAAUAGCUUAAGGGUGUCUAGUCGGAUAAACUUUGAUUUAUGGGAACACUGGAACAGGGGCAGUUUUAAUUGUGGAACAGGUUAAAAAUUUGGAAUGGUCAGACCAAGAAAACGGCACAUUUAUUUUGUCCGACGGAAUAGACUUAAACUCUCCGAACAGAGAUUAAACUCUCAUCCAAAAAUCAGACCGCUAUUUAUCACCUGUCAUAAUUCCUGUCAUUUGACAUAUUCUACAUGUUCCACUCAUUAAAACGCCCAGUUGGUGAUAAAUAGCAGUCUGAUUGUUGCAUGAGAGUUUAAUCUCUGUUCGGAGACUUUAAGUCUGUUCUGUCGGACAAAAUACAUGUGCCGUUUUCGUGGUCUGACCGUUCCAAAUUUUUAACCUGUUCCACAAUUAAAACUGCCCCUGUUUCAGUGUUCCCAUAUAUCAAAGUUUGUCCGACUAGACACCCUUAAGCUAUUAACAAAUUUUCAGCUUGCUAUUAAUUAACUUUUUUUUCAUACGCGGGAUCCAGACCUAUAUCUCAAAUAGGUCGGGAAUAUUAAUAAAUAAAUUAAAAUGUUUCAAAAUUACUAAAAACAUCAUUUUUUCUACCUUUCUUGCUUUUAUAACUUUAAAACGAUUCAUUUUGGUGGGGUCAUACUUAAAUAAAAUAGCGAUAAUUGAAUUUUCUAAAAUGUUUUAAUUUAUUAGCCUUGCUGUAAAAUAGCAAUAAAUACAAAAAAGAGGGAAAACGAGCCUUUUCUUAUUUAUUGUUUUUCAUCCACUAAUAUGAUUGCACUAGGACCUUUAUAAUUUGACUAGAAAAUCUUUAUAGUUUAAUAAAAUAAAUAGUCCACAUUAACAUAUAUUUAGGUAUAGUCGGUUCGCUAAAUCAGAAACAACUGGCUAGUAAUUUUAGUAGGUAAUUUUUUUGUUUUUGGUCAAUUUUGCCAAAAUUGGCAAAAUUACUAACUAUUGAGUAAUUAUUAACUAUUUUGUAAUUAUUUUUUUGCCAAUUUUACCAAAUUGGCAGAGUUAUUUACUAAAAUCACUAGCCAGUUGUGUCUGAGUUUAGCGAACCGACUAUAAAAGAUUUCGCAUAAUAAUUUUGCAAUCUUAAUUUUUCUUUAGAUACAAUUUUUUACGUAUGCUGAUUUUGAACAUGAACAAUUUUAAUUUAUAAAAUCUAAGAAAAAAAACAUGAAUGUAAAAAUAUAUUUUAUUUUUAUAUCGGCGCCCCUCAAAAUUUGGUGCCCGGCUUGCCCACCCCUUUAUCCGGCACCGCAUAAAGCACUGGUUUGGAUUUGGAAACCACAGUUUACUACCUAUGUGAACAGUAUUAAAACUGCUAAUAAAGUAAUAAGAGACUUAAAUUAUUUUCAUAAGUUAAUAAAAUUCAAAGAAAAUGUUAUUUAAGUAUACCCUUAUAAGUACACGAAAUUUCUUUAAAGAUAAAACUUCGGAGAUGCUACGUGUUCUCCUAUUAUUUCAUGGGUUGGAAGCUUGGACAUUAAAGAAAGAUGUUUCGGACAGAUUAGAAGCCUUCGAAUUAUGGGCCUACAGAAGGAUAUUAAGAAGUUGUGUGGAUAGAGUUACCACUGGCGAAGCGUGCAUGUAACCACUGUUACCAUUGGUAACAGUUAAAAAUCUUGCAAAUAAAUAUUUUAUGACGAUGAAAUGACGUAUUUCAGUAGCCCUGUUACCAGAUUUAAAUUUGGUUACAGUACCUAUAAAAAGUGUGCGUGGAGUUAACCAUGAAUGAGUGUCGCUGCGUAAUCGAUCCACUACUUGAAAAGUAAUUCUCCUUGUAUAAUUUUGAAGAAAAAAAUGAGAUUAUUGAAAAUGAAAGACCUAUUUUAAACAAUUUAAAAAAGGAAUCAAAAAAGUAGUUCGAUAUUUUAAAUUUAGUUGUUACAGUGAAAAUCCUUGGUUAUGUGGUUGCAAGAAAAAUAGACUGUAUUGUUGGCCAUGUCUUCUGGUUUCUACAGGAAAAUGGGUGGACCAGGUUCACGAUUUAAAUAGUUUUAGAGUUUUAAAAAAGAAACGUGAAAUUUCUCCGUUACCUACAUGUAAGAUGUAUACCCAAUUUGAUUCAGUUUGGCAAAACAAGAAUCGAAAGGUCUCUUAACCCAGCUUUUAAAGCAAAUAUUGCUAAACAUAAUAAGUUUGUUAAACAAUAGAUAGGUAUAUCCUUAGCACACUUAUAAUAGAUACCGUAUGUUUUUUGGUCAAACAAGAAUUAGCGUUUCGUGGUCAUUUUGAGGGCGACGACUCUGACAAUCGAAGCAAUUACAGGGAAUUGUUAACAUUCAUUGUCAAAAAAGAUCAAAAAUUUUGCCAACAUCUAGAAACAUCAACUGUUUUUUCAAGAGUUUGAAGUGAUAUACAAAAUGAUAUUAUUAUACCUAUAUACACAUUUAGCCAUAUCUUCAUUUUUUUUAAAUAAGAUUUUUUGCAUCUGGUUUUGGUAACACUUUAGAAAAAGUCACGCGUCGCCACUGAGAGUUACCAAUGUCGAGGUGUUGAAAAGAAUGGGAAAAGAUGAAGAGGUUUUAAAUACAAUUAAAAUUAGACAACUAUAAUAUCUGGGACAUGUCAUGAGGGGCAAGCGUUAGAACUUGUUGUUAUUAAUAUACAAGGAAAAAUACAGGGUAGAAGGAGUCGUGGAAGAAGACACAUCUCCUGGUUAAAAAAUCGAGAGCUGGGUUUAACUGCACUUCUGCUGAUCUCUUUAGAGCAGCGGUAUCGAAAGUGCGAAUUGCCAUGAUGGUUGCCAACCUUCUUAGAGGUGAUGGCACAUCAAGAAGACAGGUUAAAAUAGCGAUACAGUGAUUUAUAACCAAGCACUUAGGGAUGGUUACAAGCUAGAGCUUAGCUCGGUUUGUUUCUUUUGAGCCGAGCCGAGCUGAAUUCGAAACGAGCUGAGCUUUCCUUAACGAGCUUGUCAAUAUUUUAGCUAAUGCUCUAAUACUUUUUCUAAUUCAUUUAUUUCUGCUACGAUUGACACUUAUGUUUGAGAGUAAGUAAUUUAGACUACAAAUAUGUAUUUUUAAUAUACAGUGUGUCCGUAAAUUGCUACGUAUAUUGAAUUUUACAUUCAUUAUUACGUUUUCAAGCUCGGUUCGGUUCGAACGAGCUACGAGCCAAGCCGACACGAGCCACAAGCUCAACUUGCAGCUCGAAGUUCAAGCCGAGCUUGGGCCGAGCUCAAGCUUGUCAAUAGUUCGGCUCGGCUGGCCUCGAGUGCAUCCCUACGAAAUACUGUAUUAUUUGCUCGCGAGAAAGGAACACACUUGCUUUGCGAACUUGAGAUGAACUGCCUUUAAUUUUGUUAGAUGCAUUUUGAUGCACAUUAAUCUUAAUGAGACACGUCUGGUGUUUUUAUAGAACACAACGCGUUUACACUUAUAAUCGAAAAUCUUUAUCCGUAAAGAGGUACAGUCUGUUCCAAAAGAUUCAACAUACAAUAUUUAUGAAAAACGGGAACAAAAUAAAAUUAAUUUAAAUUGUUGUUUUUGCAACAUUAGUACAUUGUUUACCGGGUAGGAAAAGCUUAACAUUCCUGGACGACUGUGUCGUCAGCACAGAGUCCAGGAAUGUGGCUUUUCCUACGAGGUAAACAUACUAUUUUUCCGCAAAUCGUUUAAAAUUCGACAGAUAUUGAUUGAUUUAAAAAAACGCGAUAAUUUUAUUCCCAAAUAAAUGGUGCUUUGAAAUUCCUAAUAAAAUUACUUGGGUUACUAUGGAAACGUAUUGAGGUUGAAUUGUCAAACUUGACGCUUAUAAAUUUAAUUGCUGGUGUUCUCGAAAGUAAAAUGAUAAGUAAUGAUGAAAUUUCCAUUCCUGGGACUCCUCCAGAGCUGGUUGAGGCAGUGAAUACUGCUUCAUUAGAAUUAUUGCCAAAGAAAUCAAGAGAAAAGUACGAAAAUGCAUACAGACGUUUUAUGGAUUAUUAAUAAUUUUCUAUCAUUUAUGUAGAACACUAACAACUGUACGGAAAUAUCAUUUCCUUACAGUAAGGAAAUGACAUUUCCUUACAGUAAGGAAGUCCUGACUUUUUCUUCAAGAAAUUUUGACAGGAAUGUCAAAAUUUCCUGGCGAUUUGCGGAAAAAUCUUUUUAUCUUUAAUACUUUAUUAGUAGGUUUAGUAAGCAACCUGAUACAUUGUGAUUUUUAGUAAUUAGGAAUUUAAAGAUAAUAAUUUUGCAAGCGUAGGAACCUAUCAUUUUAAGAUUAAUUUUGAACGUUGAAUUUUUGUCGCUGAAUUUUUGACGUUUGUAAAAAUGUAAAUAGCAAGCUUGACUCAGGGUUAACGUAUCUAAUAAAUAAUUGUAGUGUGCAACAAUUCAACUGUGAUCUCUAAAUUUAUUAUUAAUUUUAAACUAAUACUACACAGUCCAAAAGUUUACGAAAAAUCGAACUCGGCAGUAUUAUACAGGGUGUCCCCGAAAAUAGUGCGUUUCUUUAAGGUAUGGAUAUAAUGCACAAUUUAGAACAAAAAAGUCGUAUAACAUUUUUUUCCAAAGUUACCCGUUUCCAAUAAAAAAAAUACAUUGUUUUCCAUAUAAGUGAAUUUUUAUUUUCAUAAAUUUGAAUGGCAUGGCAACGUGGCCUACAAGAACUUGCUGUGACUGUGGAAAUUUAACCUAAUAACCCCUUGUUUAUUUACUAUUAAGGUGUGAUUUUUGGGGUUGUUGACAUCAUAGGUACCUACCUGCAAAAUAAUGGAUAUGGGUUUGGUUGAUAUUUACAUUAUUUUACCUACCAGAUGCAACUGACCUACAAACCUACUUUUUUAAUCUAGAUUUUUGAGUUUAGCGUUGUUGCCAGACUUCAAUUUGCAUAUCAAAAUGUAUUUUCGUUUUUUGGCCAAACGGAUCAAUUUAGAAAAAAAUGUUAUAACACUUUUUUGCACUACAUUGUGCCUUCUACCUAUACCUUUAAGGAACGCACUAUUUUCGGGGACACACUGUAUCUUAUUUUUUAUGUCAUAAAUUGAAUUCACGACUUACUUCAGCUAAGCGAUUUAAGCGAUUUAAUAACCACAUUAUAAUUUAUGUUUGAUUGACUUGAAGAAGGCAUUUGACAUAGUAGGGCUUGAAAAUGUAAUACAUUUCUUGUACAAUGAAGAGAUGAAGUUAGCAUUGAACAAGUAAUGGAAAUAAAUUACCUUACACUGUCCAGCUUCAGCUAGACAGGGCCUCGAUUUUUGACUCUUCGCUUCGUUAUCGAUCAUUCGCUAUCUGUACACUAAACAGAUACGAAGCGAAUACGUUCGAUAACGAAGCGAAGGGUCAAAAAUCGAGGUCGAGGCCUUCGAUUUUUGACCCUUCGCUUCGUUAUCGAUCAUUCGCUAUCUGUACACUAAACUACUAAACAGAUACGAAGCGAAUACGUUCGAUAACGAAGCGAAGGGCCAAAAAUCGAGAUCAAGAGACGUUGAAAAGAAAUCCGAGAUCAAGUAUAAUAAAAAGCAAAUAGAUUUAGCACAAUGCCUUGAUAACACUAUUUGGUGUAAUCGACAUAUUAAUUGAUACGAAAUCAAGAAUCUAUAAGGUCAGUAUAAGACCAAUAAUGACGUAAGCAUCAGAAUCAUGACCUAAGGCAUAAGACAUCCAAAUCAUAGACAGUGCUGCAGCAGAAACGAGCUAAGAAAUACAGGAAACACACUGAGAGACCGAAUAAAGAGUGACGACCUUAGAACAAAAUGUAAUGUACAGAUUAUAAACGAGUGAAGACCAAAUAGAAAAAAGAAUGGAACAAUCAGAUCAGUAGACUGGCCGACACAAGAAUCGCUAUAGGUGAAUUUGUGAUUUAGUAUACGGUAAUUAUGGUUGAGAGUAUGGAAGAGUAACAAACUUUACUAUAACUUAUAGAUGCAGUAAAUAGCGAAUGCGCCCAAAUGGGACUUGACAUUAACAACACUGGACGGUUAGAGCAAAUAGUUGAGAGGAUCGAAGACUUUGAAUUUUGGACUGGACAAUCAUGGAGGUAGCGGAAUUAUUCCUCGCUUGUAAGACCAGAGAAACUUUUAUAAAUGUGGUUGCCAACCUCCUUUGAUUGGGAUGACAUAGGAAGAUAUUGUAACUGUACACACUGUACCUACGUUUGUAUUGUAACUAUUUUUAUGACCAUGUUGUCGAAACAUAUAAGCCUAAAUGAAAAAACUCUUUCACUAUGUGACAACUACAAUUCAUGAAUCGGUUGUUGGUAAACUUGUGGGUACUGUAGUACAUACUAUAUAAGUCCGGCUUGCUACAGUUUAUACUCAAAAUAAUAGCAAUAACUUUUUAUCUAUCUAACACAUAUCAGUUAUAAGUGCAAACAAUGACAAAUAAUGCUUGAAGUGCUGUUUUAAUAAAAUAAUUUUUAGACAAACCUUAAUAUUAAGUUGGAAAUUUACAAUCACCUAAAAAUUUAUUGAAAUGUUAUAAUAAAUUAUACUUCUAUUGUU